ACGUGAGAGUUCAAGAUGGCGGCGCCCGCGCGCUGAGGAAAGCCGGAAUAUCCCGCAGAUCCCAGACUGGUGGGCGAUGGAGGGCCGCCGUUUCCGGCACGGGAGCUUCCAUAGCAGCACCAGCGACGAGGACCUGGUGGAGGUCAGCGACGGCGGGACCCUCAGCUAUUCCCUGGCAGGCGACGUGCCACCUCUGGACCAGGAAAUGACGCCAGGUGUCCCCUCGUAUGCCGGGAACGGGUUCGACGAAAUAAGCCGGAUGCGCGACUUCCUGGAAGAGCCGCUUCCUGGUGUCGGGACGUACGAAGAUUUCAACACCAUCGACUGGGUGCGAGAGAAAUCCCGAGAUCGAGACCGGCACCGCGAGAUCACCAACAGGAGCAAAGAGUCAACUUGUGCCCUCCUUCACAGCAUCAGCGACGCCUUUUCGGGGUGGCUCCUCAUGCUCCUCAUUGGACUCUCGGCAGGGGCCUUGGCUGGCUUGAUUGACAUUUCCGCCCAUUGGCUGACGGACCUGAAGGAAGGCGUGUGCCUCAACGGCUUUUGGUACAACCACGAACAUUGCUGCUGGAACUCCCGAAAUAUCACCUUCCAGGACCGGGACAAAUGUCCGGAGUGGCGGACGUGGGCGGAGCUUCUGACCAGCAAGGAGGACGGAGGCGCCCUGACCUACUGCCUCAACUACUUCAUCUACACCGCCUGGGCGCUGAUCUUCUCGCUCCUGGCUGUGCUUCUCGUUCGCGGUUUUGCACCCUACGCCUGCGGUUCGGGGAUCCCCGAGAUCAAGACUAUCCUGAGUGGCUUCAUCAUCCGCGGCUACCUGGGGAAGUGGACCCUGCUGGUCAAGACGGUCACGCUGGUCCUGGCCGUGGCCUCGGGGCUGAGCCUGGGCAAGGAAGGCCCCCUGGUCCACGUGGCCUGCUGCUGCGGCAACAUCCUCUGCCAUCUCUUCACCAAGUACCGGAAGAACGAGGCCAAGCGGAGAGAGGUCCUAUCGGCCGCUGCAGCUGCUGGGGUCUCCGUGGCCUUCGGGGCUCCCAUAGGAGGCGUGCUUUUCAGCCUGGAAGAGGUCAGCUACUACUUCCCCCUGAAGACGCUCUGGCGCUCCUUCUUUGCUGCGCUGGUGGCAGCCUUCACCUUGCGCUCCAUCAAUCCCUUUGGCAACAGCCGCCUGGUCCUCUUCUACGUCGAGUUCCACGCCCCCUGGCACCUCCUCGAACUCGCACCCUUUGUCCUGCUGGGCGUCUUCGGCGGGCUCUGGGGGGCCGCCUUCAUACGUGCCAACAUCGCCUGGUGCAGGCGGCGCAAGACGACACAGCUGGGCCGCUACCCGGUGGCCGAGGUCCUGGUGGUGACAGCGGCUACGGCCAUCCUGGCCUUCCCCAACCAGUACACGCGCAUGAGCACCAGCGAGCUCAUCUCGGAGCUCUUCAACGACUGUGGGCGCCUUGACUCCUCGCAGCUCUGCGACUACGUCCGCAACGGCACCCCCGGAGCGGGCAGGGAGGGGCCUGACCGACUGGCCGGCCCCGGGGUCCACCGCGCCAUGUGGCAGCUGGCCCUGGCCCUGGCCCUCAAGGGCGUCAUCACCGUCUUCACCUUUGGGAUGAAGGUGCCCUCGGGGCUCUUCAUCCCCAGCAUGGCAGUGGGCGCCAUUGUCGGGCGCCUGCUGGGUGUUGGCAUGGAGCAGCUUGCCCUCCACCACCCCAACUGGGUGCUCUUCGAAGGCUGGUGCCAACCGGGCGCCGACUGCAUCACCCCGGGUCUCUACGCUAUGGUGGGUGCGGCCGCCUGCCUGGGUGGCGUCACCCGCAUGACCGUCUCCCUUGUGGUCAUCAUGUUUGAGCUGACCGGCGGCCUGGAGUACAUCGUCCCCCUCAUGGCCGCUGCCGUGACCAGCAAGUGGGUGGCUGACGCAGCGGCUGGGCGCCAGGGCAUCUACGACUCCCACAUCCGCCUCAAUGGCUACCCGUUCCUCGAGGCCAAGGAGGAAUUUGCCCACAAGACCCUGGCUUCGGACGCCAUGCGCCCCCGCCGGCCCGCCGACCCACCCCUGACCGCCCUGGCACAAGACGCCAUGACCCUGGGAGACGUAGAGGGGGUUCUGGGCGCCACCGGCUACAGCGGGUACCCCGUGGUGCUCUCCCGGGAGUCGCAGCGCCUGGUUGGAUUCGUGCUGCGGAGGGACCUGCUCAUCUCCAUCGAAAACGCCCGCCAAACCCAAGAGGGGAUCGUCACCUCCUCGUUGGUCUCCUUCUCCGACCACUCACCCCCACUUCCACCAAACUCGCCGCCCGUCUUGAACCUCCGCCCCAUUCUCGACCUCAGCCCCUUCACCGUCACCGACCACACGCCCAUGGAGAUCGUGGUGGACAUCUUCCGGAAGCUGGGCCUCCGACAGUGCCUGGUGACGCACAACGGGAAACUCCUGGGAAUCAUCACCAAAAAGGACGUUUUGAAGCACAUUGCACAACUGGCCAACCAGGAUCCAGAUUCCAUCCUUUUCAAUUGAAGCUGGAUUCGGGAGCCGGGCGCAAAUGCCGUCUCCCACAUGAACCUCUCGCCUAGACUCCUCUCUUUUUCUUAAUGGGAAAUCCCGAUCGAUCAAAUGAUAAUCAUGUCUUCUUUCUUUCUUUUUUCUACAAAAUUGCACUAUGGAAAUUUGGCGGAGAUUUUGCUUUCUCUCGAAGAAGAAGUGACUUUAUUGGAUAUAGAAUCUGGAAGUAAGAUCUGGAAGGAAUCUGGGAUGGAAUAUGGAAGGAAUAAAGGAAAUAAACUGGAAA